AUGGGAAAAGAAGAUGUGUCUACAAAAAAACGUCGUAAAAUUAAUACAACCACGUCAAGUGAAGCAUCUAAACAAGCACCGGUUGAUGUGUACACGCGAGUCGUCGAAUUUGAAGAAGCCGAAGCACAAUUACGGCCAGCAGAGAAGGAUGCCAGUUUGUUUAAAAAAAUUUGCCAAGACGUCAGGUAUUUGUUUGCUGAAAUAUCCGAACUGAAAGCUAAAGACACAGAUGAGGCCAGAGAAAAAAUUAAUACCAAAAGAAUAGAAGCAUCCUUGAAUUUAGUGGCUCUAAAAAAACUCAACCGUUUGGAAAAAGUACGCACAAGGGCUGGACGUGAUGCAUUACAUAAAGAAAAACAAAGAGUAGACUCAACACAUCUCCUUCUACAAAAUUUAUUGUAUGAAGCUGAUCAUCUCAAUAAAGAAGUUACCAAGUGUUUGCAGUUCAAAUCUAAAGAUGAAGAAAUUGAACUUGUACCACUUGAAGAUUUUUAUAAGGAUGCCCCAUCAGAAAUAUCAAGACCUGACCUGACAAAGAAUGAUGAACAUCAGCUCCAGCUAGCGAGACUUGAAUGGGAACUUAGACAGAGACGCGAAUUAUCUUCUGCGUGUCAUGAGCUCGUAGCUUCAAAAGAACGCGUUGCUGCUGCCAUAGCUGCUGCUCGUUCUCGUCUUGAUGCUUUGGUGCCAUACUUACGAAAUGUUCUUAAAUCAACUAAACCAUUACAAGAAUGUUUGGCCCUAAGACUUGAUGACAAAAGAGAUGAAGCCAGGGCUGCAUCACUGCUCCCAGCACCUCUAUUUCUCCUUUUUGCAAAUGUUAGUGCAUACUCAGAUGCUUUAGGCGCUGAAACUGUUACAGUAGGAAUCUCUGGUGACGAAGAUGAAGCCAGAAGACUGGAACAACUAAGUAAUGUUGACACUGAUCUUGUUGCAUCUAAUGAUUCAGACUCUGAACAAGAAAACAAUGAUGAUGAUCAGAGAGAAAAAAAGAAACGCCACCAUAGGACUGCUAAAGUGUCUAAAGAAGAAAAGGCUGAAGCUAAGAAAAAAGAGGUGUUGAAAAAACAUCCAUUAAGUGUUCAAGUAUCUGUAAAGGUAUCUGAUGGCACAGCUUUGAACUUGAUUUUUUCAAAUCUGCUACAUUUAAAGAUAGUUGUUGUUAAAUUCACAGUAUCUUUGCCAAAGCCAGUGGUUGGAGUAUCAGCAGCAGAUGUUUUAAAUGGACAUUGCAUUCUAAAUAAUCUAUAUCCUGGAGAUUCAGGCAAUGAUUCUCCACAUCCAGCCACCUCUUACUUGCUAAAGUCUGCAGGCAUAUCUGAAAGUUUUGACCACUUCAUUUCUGAAUUAGGGAAACCAUAUAUAUGGGCUCAAAGAAUGUGUGGCUUAGAUUUUAUGGCUACUAUUACAGAAGAUCAAAAGUUUGCUAAAAAUAUUCAGCCUUGUCCUAGUUUGAGUGUCAGUACUGUGGAAAAUUUCAUUUUAACAUUAAGGAAAAGAUUAAAAUCAAGAGUAGAACUAAUGAAGGAAUUGCAAGACUUAGAAUCAGGUAAGAUUCUGCCAGCCAAAGGAGAAGUGCCAUGUCCAGUACGAUUGUCUGGCUCCUUAACACAAUGGCAAUCGAUUGCUUGGCCAGAAUACAGCCAGUCCUCAUCAACUGCAUUUCUGAUCUCUGAGGGAUUAGUAAACACAAAUGAUAUGUUAUACAGAGCAAUUAUAACAAGACAGUCAGCAAAACUGGUUGCUCUAGUUGCAUUGCGAAGUGACUACCCUAAAAAGGCUCCAAUUUUUUCUCUCACUCUCCACUGGAAUGGAACCCAUCACGCAGGUAUAAAUGACGACAUCAGAGACAUUGAAAGAGUUAUUAACACUGAUCAGACAUCAGAAGAAAACAAAUCCCUUACACUUUCGGCAAAAAUAACAAAGUUGUUGACAUGUCUUGACAUACUCCUCGAGACCAGCGGGUCAUCCGAGUUUCCUCCAGACAAAGUCAUGUUGUGCCCAGUGCGUGGCCGUAAUCGCGUAAAGCCAUACAAGUUCUUGAAACAGGGUACUGGCGUGUUUGUACAGUAUUAA